AUGCUGUCCGCCCCCGUCAAAUCCGCCAAGCGGAUCUCCUCCCUCUUCUCCUUGGGUUCCAAUCCCAACCGUGAUGAUUCCGUCUCCCCCUCUUCCCCUCGUUCCCCCGUCCCGCCCACCAAACCCUCCCCCGAUCAGUUCGCCCAAGAUCAACGACGACGACGCAGCUCCUCCCGUCCCGCCCGCCUCGCCUCGAGCUACAACCCCUCCUACGAUGUCGGCGAACCCAUGCCCAUCCGCUCCCCCGGCCCCCACGACAUGCCCCUCGAUGGCCCCCUGCCGCUCCCCCCCUCCCUCCUCGACGUCAACCAGGAUCUCGCCGACUCGGCCCCCAACUCCCCCGAUCGUCCGCAGAGCCGCGGCCGCCGGAGGAGCAGCAGCAACCGCCCCGCCAGCGCCGCGGGGCUCUUCGUCCCCGGCACCGCCCCGGACUCCCGCCCGAGCACCCCCUCCAAGCGACGCAGUUGGAUCCCCGGCCGCCAGCGCGCCAGUUCCGUCGAUACCCGCUCGCUGCCCGUGAGCCCCCAGCUGCCCGGGGCCUGGAUCGCCGGCUUGGAUCAGAAGAUCCUCUACAACCUGGAACCCUUGGCCCGGGGCGAGCAGGUCCCCGAACUGUGGAACGAAACCGGGGACACCUACGUCUAUCUCUUCCCCCAAAAUGCCGGCCGCCCCCCCUCCUUCAAACUCCACUCGACCGUCUUCGCCGAAUCGCCCUCCCUCAACUUCCUCGCCCGCGGCACCGAUGCCCGGGCCCUCGAGCAACAAACCCGCACCCUCUCGUUCGGCAACUCCGCGGCCGGCUACGCCUCGCCGCCCCUGGGUCCCCAGGACCGCCUGGCCGACGACGACAAUGACAGCUCGGGCAGUCGUCGCAUGGCCUUCGACGACGACGACGGCCCCGAUGACCCCGAGCUGCACCUCUACCUCCCCAUCCCCCUCAACAGCGACGUGACCAGCCCCCACGCCCGCCUCGCCCAGGACGACACCGAGACCCUCCUCCUCUUCCGCAACCUCUUCGCCUUCCUCAUGGGGCAGUCGCUCAUCGCCACCCCGCGCGCCCCCUCGCUCUUCUCCAUCUUCAUGGACGUCGCCACCCUCCUCGCCCGCUUCGAGUUCACCAACUUCGACGGCACCAACUUCGGCGAGACCGCCACCACCAGCUUCGGCAACUACUGCGACGAGCUGCGCCUCGACGACGUCCGCAAGAGCCGCGAGAAGACCAUCGAGGCCAUCGUCCUGGGAGAGCGCCUGCGCUUCUUCCCCCUCUACCUCGAGGGCUUCGUCCACGGCGUCGGCAAGCUCGACGAGCUCAAGCAGCUGCGCAGCCCCAAGUACGGCCUCAUCAGCCCCGUCACCCAGAAGCGCCUCGAGCGCGGCUUCAUCGACCUCGACACCCGCCUGCGCGUCCUCUACAGCAAGCUCGACGACUUUGACUUCCCCUCGGUCUUCUCCGGCAUCGCCAACUCGGCCACCUCGAUGGAGAGCAAGGUCAUCCGCUUCAAGACCUGGAAGGCCGGCUUCAUGGAGUUCCGCCGCUUCACCAUGCACGGCCUCAACCGUCGCGUCCUCUCCGAGCUGUACGACGACUUUGCCGGCCUCUACGACAUGAUGGUCGACCGCAACAACCUGACCACCCGCACCAUCGACAUGGCCGGCGCCGGCUCCGACGGGGCCCUCGACGGCGCCGACCCCGAGCAGGUCAUGAACCGCGCCCUGCGCCAGGUCGAGAGCGAGUACGACCGCAGCACGCCCCCGGUCCUGCCCCCCAUCCCCUUCGACAUCCCGCUCUACCCCACCCUGCAGCCGCUCUACCGGAAGCCGCUCGACCCCAAGAAGGACGCCAAGAAGCGCACCAAGAAGCUCAAGGACUCCGACAUCAACGCCGUCCUCAUGGGCUCCUACACCCGCGAGAGCCUGCGCCCCACCCCCUUCAUCGAGGCCUUUAUGCAGUUCGAGCGCCGCUCCGCCCACGGCAAGAGCCUCAACGACCUGAUCGACCUGCGCUGCGGCCAGUGGAUCUUCCUCUACUGCGUCAUCCAGUCGCUGCCCCUGCUCGUCGUCGACGUGCAGGACGUCAAGUACACCGACGGCGUCGACUGGUUCGGCGUCGCGGGCGGCGCCGGGGUCGUCAGCCUGCCCUCGGACGUGGUCAUCAACGGCGUGGAGGGCAUCUACCGCCGGAGUCACUGCUGGCGGGAUGCCGAGCUCUGGGCCGAGAAGGAUGCCAUCCUGGCGCCGCCGACCAUCGACGACCCUUAUGACAACGAAUCCUCGCUCUCCUCGCCGUACCAGGCCCAGCAGUCGUCCGCCGGCUCCUCGUCGGAACCGCACCUGCAGCAGCCGUAUUACUCCGGGUCGCAGCAGCCCACGCCGCUGCUGGCGCCGACGCACGUCGGCCUCACGCCGCCGCCGGCCAUCCCGCGCGCCACCUCGCCGGCCGCGCGGAGUCGGACCGACCACCGGAUGUCCAUCAACCCGGGACUGGAGGCGCUUCCUUUGCCGGCGGGUGUGGCGCCGAUCGAUCCCCCGGCGCGUCCCAUGAGCCGCUUCAACCCGACCAUGAGCUUUGAUGACAUUCUGAAGCAGGUGCCGAACCAGAAGAAACGAUAA